CCUCCCUCCCUCUCUAUCGAUCUCGCCCUCAUUUUCAUGCACACGUUAAACCGGUUCAGUGUCACUGUGUGUGAACCGUGUAAACACUCCCGUCGGGAUUUGGGCUCCGUUUUACAGGAUUUGGGAACCGCGCGUGUGAAUCCGUUUUGCUUUGCGGCUCCGCCCGGUGUGCGGUGCGGACUGACUGCUCACAUCUGAGACUUUUAUUGGAUUGACCGACAGCGGCGGGAGAAGGACUGGUGUUACCCCCCACACAGGACAAAGAACACGGGGGGAAAUUAAGGAAGAAAUAUCAGAGUGGAAGAAGAGAGGAGUGAAAAUGGAUAACUGUCUCCUCACACUCGUCUUUGGUCUUUUAAUGCUCGGUGGAUGCUUGGCCCGGGUGGUGACGGUGUCCCCUGGUCCAUUAAUCCGAGUGGAGGGUCAGCCGGUCUCCAUCAGAUGUGAUGUCAAUGACUAUAGCGGACCUCGUGAGCAGGAUUUCGAGUGGAUGAUGUCCAGGGAGGGGAACGCGCAGAGGACGAAGAUAAUCUCUACCUUUGAUGCCAGCUACUCCCACCCGUCGCUCAGCAAGCGCGUUGCAUCCGGUGACAUCUCGGUGGUGCGACUCGAAGACAACGAAGUGGAGCUGAAGAUAGCGGAAGUGAAGGUGCUGGACGCCGGUUUCUACUGGUGCCAAACGCCGAGCACUGACUCCGUCAUCAGCGGCAACUACGAGGCUCAGGUCCAACUCACCGUCAUCCCCAACACCCUCAAGGUCUCCCCCAUGACCCCAACCCCGGUUAUCCCGGAAGGAAGUGACCUCACGCUCUCCUGCAACGUCACUCGGGAGCUCACCCACCCCACCUACCUGUCCGUCACAUGGUCGGUAAAGAGGGGAGCAACAUCAGAGGACAUUUUGACAUUUGGCCCUCAGGGAGACGUGAUUACAGGGGCUAAAUUUGCCCGGCGCUAUGCUGACGGAGGCAUCCGACUGGUUCCUGGGAAGAACGGAGUGUUUGAACUGGUGAUUUCCAAAGUGACGACGUCUGACGAAGGGAUUUAUGAAUGCAACGGAACUGAGUGGACGCAUGAAAACGGAGGGAAAUGGAUAAAAAUCGUGGAGAACAAUAAAGAGAUGGGGACUGUUGCUGUUACUCCUACAGGUCAGUCCCUCAGUGUGAAGGCGUCUCCCUCCUCCUCUCCCUCUUCCACGUCUCUGCUCCUCUCCCCCGGCGAGACGCUGACUCUCCUCUGCUCCGUCGCCGCCGACAACCUGCCCGCCCUCGCCCUGGAAGUGACCUGGCUGGCCGACGGCCGCGACAUUGUCACCAUGGAGCGCAGCGGGGUGGUGAUCUCCAACACAUCCUCGAGCAGCACGCCGGGAAAGCGAGGGGAGGCGAGCCUGGAGCGGACGGGAUCUGGAGAGUACAGGCUGGCAGUGAGGGGGGUGAGCGGGGAGGACGGAGGCGUGUACGCCUGCCGCAUCCGAGCCUUCAUCGAGAAGGGAGGAAGGAGCUCGGGAGGAGGGGGGAGGUGGCACAUGGCAGCCGAGAAAACAUCCAGCCCCGUGACAGUGAAGGUGGCGCAGAUCAAGCCGAACUUCACGGUGACCCUCGAUGCCGUGGUGGACCCACAGAUGACGGCUGAACCCACAGAGCUGGCAUGCCGUGUGACCAACAUUACCCAUUUACCCCCGGGAGGCCGACUGGGUGUCACCUGGGAGCACACCACACUUCCUGGUAUAGGGGAUGAUCCUCAGACCUCGCAUCCCAUUGGCUCCCUGGACAGCUAUGGCAACAUGUUGCCGGGACAGACGUAUUCUGACAGGCUGAAGAGCGGCGUGAUGUCUCUGACCAGAGUCCAGCCCAACACAUUCAAACUGCGGGUUCUCCGCACACAGGAGAUCGACAUGGGCCAGUAUGCUUGCACUGUGUCAGCCUGGAGUGUCAACAGCCAGGGUGACAUGGUGAACACUGUCGAGUACAAGAGCUCACCGCUGGCUGUACAGUGGGAUAUGAAACAUCCUACUCUUAACGUCGUUGCCAAACGUAUCCGUGAAGCCGCAGUGGGUGGAGCUACCUUUGAGAUGAGCUGCACUGUGUCCACUGAGAACCUCGGGGAGGCAGGUUACUCAGUGCUCAUCCAAUCACAGGAGAACGUGGAGAGCAACGCGAAAACCAUCAUGACACUCAGCCCUGACAGCGUCCUGCAGCACGGAGGAACCACAGACCCCAACAGGAGAGACGGUCUGGUUCUGACAAAGUCUGGUCCGGCAGAGUUUCGGUUUCGCCUGGCAGGCGUCCAGUUGUCCGACAGAGGUUUCUACUGGUGCAACAUCAUGGCAUGGACCAAACAGCAGCCGGGACAAGCUUGGACCAAAGCCACCGGGGCAGAGUCCAACAAAGUCAAGAUCGACUUUCAGGAAAAUGGCCCGUCCUUCUCUGUCGCCAUCCAAUCAGACACCACCAGCGUGUAUCCGUGGGAAACGGCCAAGAUGGAGUGCUCGCUCAGGGUCUCUGGAUCCUCCCCAAAGACUGGCUCACACACAGAUGACCUGGCGUACGAGGUGCGUUGGUUUUUCACCAGGCUGCGCGGUGGAGAGACGACGACCCAGGUGGCCAGCGUCGACCGCUUCGGCGUUGUGAGGAAAGACACUCGCAACUCAUCCAGUGACGUUUCGAUAGAGCGCAAAGACACACACACCUACAUGUUGAACAUUCACGGCACUCAGGACAGUGACAGUGGUGAGUAUCACUGCGUUGCCACUCCCUGGUACCUGUCGGCCUCAACUGGAGCCUGGACUCAAGCUGGAGAGCUGACAUCAUCUCGAGUCUUCCUUACAGUUCGAUUUGCUGUGUGGGAGUCCCUUAAGUUACCUCUGUUAUAUGGAGUAGCAGCCUCAAUAGGUGUGGGCCUCUUCUCUCUGGUCCUGGGUCUGGUCUGCGCCCAGUGUUGCUGCCGCAACACCGCGCACACCCCACGCUCACGCAACAAACUGAUGGACCUGGAGAUGGACUGACAAACACUUUCCCCCGCACCCACACACUGCAGCGCUCACAGGAAACACCACACACACAACCGACACACGCCCAUAGACGAUUUCUGGGACACCCAGUUGUUUCCAUGCGACGGACGUUGGGAGUAAAAUGACACGCAUCGCUUUGGAAACAGAAGCCUGACACACUCGAUCUCAGUGCUUUAAGCGGUGCUCAGGGUUUCUCAGCUCUGCAGUGGAGGAGCAGGGGACUUUUCUAAGCACCAAUGAGACUUCUGUGAAGACACAUUGAAAUCUGUGGCGCUUCCAGUGAAUUUUUUUUACACAGAUAUAUUUGCUCCCAGUUCAGAUCAUAGCACUACAAGAAGCUCUGAAGAAUCCAGAGUUGAAUUUUUGAGGAACAUUUGGCUUCUGAGACGUCACUGCCACUUGGGAAUAAAGGACCACGAUACAGAUCUGCUGCCUCUGUUACCACAAGGGAUAACUAAAGGAGCGCUCAGGCUGGACUACUUUUUUUCUUCCAAUGCCAAGGUUCGAGUCUCUCAGAGUAACGGCACACCAGCGUUCCCCGUUGAAUUUUCUUUUUUGAGGAAGUGUGGAAAAUUCAAGGGGUGGUUGGGGUUGGAGAGACGGAACGUAUCUCUGUUACGUCACAUGUCUAAAGUUAUUUUAUAUUCGCAGAGACUGGAGGUUUAGGCAGCCUGAGCCUUAUUUCUGUCAUGGAAUACAUGUUCAUACGGGCAGCAGAAGUCCUAGAAAACGAAAGUGCUCCACGUGCUUUCCACACGAGAGGUAUUGCACUACAACUACCACCCCAGAGUAUUCCUACCUUAACAAAAGGACAAUAUUUACUUUUAUUCUCUAGUUUUUUUAAAAAAUUAAGAGAUUUUAAAAUGAGAGACAUUUUUAAGCUUUACACGGAGAUAUGCAGUUAGUGUGUUUGUGUGUGAGAUAUACUGUACGUGGUGCCAAUAUUUGAACUGAUGGAGGUGUGCUUGGUUCAAAUCGCCAGAUCAACACUUGAACAGCCACUAAAAGUGGCGACAGCAAGCACUCUUCUUUUAUAGAUAUUCCGAAAUGUAUCCUGCUGUUAUUUUACCAGAGUCUCGUGUGUGUUGGUGUGAGUGCUGUGCUACAGUAUGUGAGACAAAGAGUUGCAUGUACUGUUUUAUAACGACAGACUGACGAGCAACACAAGCCUUUUCCUGGGUUACAUUUUGACGACAUCAAAGUCUCCCACCUCCAGAUUUUUAAAACCAUGCUUCACUAAUCGAGUCUCGUGUGUUCACACUGUGAGCAACAUAACUCUCUGUGGGCUCUGGUGCAACAAACUAUUGCUUCCAUGUUUUGAAAAAGAAAACCAUGCAUGUUUCUCAGUUUUGCUUUUUAAAGGAAAAGUUCAACACUUGGGGAAAUAAGUUUAUUUGCUUUCUUUCCAAGAUGAGAGGAUCAACACAAUCUCUCAUGUGUGCUGUGUGGUCUUGAUGUGGUUAGCUUAGCUUAGCUUAGUUUACAGACUGGAAGCAGGGGAAGACAGCUAGCCUGGCUUUGUCUAAAGUUAAUAAAAAAAACACUCACCAGCACCACUAAAGCUCACUUAUUAACACAUUGUAGGUUGUUAGUUUAAUCUGUAGACAUUUUUGUGUGAUGCUGUAGCUUUUUUUUUUUUUUUGCUGAGCGGGUGGAUAAACUGUUGAUGAAGCAAUAGUUCUACAAUGUAAUGCCUCCUAAAACCACAAAUGAUCAUGCUGACAUUACAGUUUGUGUACAGAUUAAAUAAACUUUAAAAUGUGUUAAUUAGAGGUGCUGGUAGGCAUUUUUAAUACUGGGCAGAGCCAGGCUAACUCUUUCUAUCUGCUUUCAGUUUUAAUGCAACACUUUCUCAUACCUAAACAAAAGAAUAGAUCAAUUUUCCACUGACUUUUAAAACAACAUAUAUUACUCUUAUAACAGUCGCAGUUUUAAACCCAUCCUAGCAUAAGUGCUUUUGUCACUAACGUAACGUGACUUAUGUCUCAUGGAAGAAGUCACAUAUGACACUAGCCUAGUAUGCUUCACUUAGUAGAAUACUAGGCUUUGUUAUAAUUAAAAAAAGUUAACAUUGACUUUGUAGUACAAACAGCAGUCUCCUGGGUAUAAGUCCUGUGCAUGUUUGACCCAUCCAGCACUGCUACCGUCAGGCACUUUUCCCAUCUUAAUGCGACGUUACACUUUGUCACUUUUUAUGCAAGUCACUUCACCUACAUCUCUGCUCCCAUAAUAACUACUACAACCACUAGAGGGAGCUGCCUUACAAUAAAUGUAAGUAUGGGUCGUAAUAAGCUGCAUGCACAGUCGACCUGUGGGGUCGUUUUUCGGUCUUGAUGCUAAGCUAAGCUAACAAAACUCUGACUCAGCACACAGACAUGGCAUUCAGAUCAAUCAAUCAGGCUUACUCCCCAAAAUGUUGAACCAAUCUUUUUAACAUUUUUGUAAAGCCUCUUGUUGUCAUUUUUGGUUUAGCUAGGCUAGCUGUUUCCAGUUUUAAAGGUCCAGUGUGCAGGAUUAAGUGGCACCUAGCAGUGAGGUUGCAGAACUGAAACUUCUGAGCUACUGUAGAACAACAUAGGGGACUCCACCACAGGGGAGUACCUGCUCUGUAUGUAAAUUUAAAUGGCAACGAAAAUACAGUUGUUUUUUUUCUGGUGAUUAUAAACUAAUGAAACCAUCGAUCUGAAUAUUGUAUACCGUUUCUGCCAAUAGAUGCCCCUAAAUCCUACACAAUGGACCUUUAGAUAUUACUAACUAUCCAGAAAUGUAACCAGAAAACUUUCAGUUUCAGAGCUUCAAACUCUGACACUAGACACAGCCCUUUAUUUAAAUAAUUUAGGAUGUUUUUUUCCACUGUUUCAGAGAAAAAUUGUACCUUGCACUUACCAGCCAAAACUGAAAUUCAUAUCUGCACAACAAAAACUUUACCAGCUGAUAAUGAAAGUCAUCUGUUCCCAGCACAUGUCGGCUGACCUCUGCUGAGUCUCUGCGGUGGUUUUCUUUUAAGCAAAUGAAUGAAUCGUAUCACGUUGACUGCUGUGUGAACACAUGCUCACAGUUCCAGCAACAACACACACAAAGUGAGGCCGUUUGUGUCCAAACCCAGCAGGACCCAAACAGACCUGUUAGGUUUGUCGUAAGAUGUGCCAGGCUGUGUUUCCUCCUUCACUGACUGGGCUUGGUUAGCGCUUUGUUUGAUGUUUUAAAUAGUUUUAAAAGGUAUUUUAAGCAACUAUCGGAACUGUAUGAGCAAUAUCAGGCUGUGGUCAGGUCAGUCAGCGCAUGUGAAGCUGUACUCUGGACAUAUUUUUUACCCUCAGUCAGAACUAAAACAUUUAAAGAUACGAUUAUUUUAAAACAUUGGAUGUUACAUAUUCAAACCAUGAAUCUGUUGUUCACUUAGCUCUUUGUGCACCAAAACGCCUCAAAUUCGGCCUGGCCGGGCAGCCAGUGCAGAAUACUUAAUUAUUAUCCAGUCCAAACAAUCCCCAAAUCCAUAAAUAUCUCUGACUGAAGAACUCCAAGAGUUUAUUUCAUAGCUUCAGGAAACACCCAGACAAACCUGUACACAUCCUGCUACAAUAAUAUAUUUUAUUUUCAGUUCGGGACACUAAGGGGUUAAACCGAAAACCCACUUUGAGACAUAUUGAUACAAUAUGUGUGUUUGGGUUUGAUUGAUUGUGACAGUUUCUUCAAAAACUUCCAGUGCGUCUCCAUAAAGCCUCUCCACAGGUGUGUGUGGGUGUGUGUGUGUGUGUGUCUCUCUCUCUCUCUGUGAUAGAGCUGUUGCAGUAUUCAAAAUGGGUUUUACCACUAUCACGAACACACACACACACACACGCACUCACAGUACUGGAGCUCACAGGUUAAUGAUAGGGCUCCGUGCCAAAUGCUCUUAACAGUGAACAACACAAACACGUAGCAUUGAUACACUCCUCUGAACAUGUCACUGCAAGGUUUCCCCAGUGUCCUUUUACUUUGUCAUUUUAUUGCAACGAGUAUGAUGAAUCAUGAUGAUGUUUUUUUUUAAAUAAAUAGAUUUGUAAGAUGUAUUCAUUUUGUAAAUUAUUUCAUAUGUCCUGAUUUUAUUGUGUUUUUAUGGUAAUGAUUUCAUUAUUGUUUAUUCUCGAUUUUGUUACCCAGCUGUUUCCCCCUCGUGGUGGUGUACGUGGAAUAAGGCAGUACAGGAGGAGGCGCACAUUAAAAUCCUCCAGGACUGUAACAUGCUCAUGCUUGUUUAACCCAAACAAUGUGUAAUGUGACUGCAGUUGGUUCGGAUCAAGGUCAGGACACAUUUGUUUACCUCUUCAGGAUGGUCUCGGUCCGGUUGUUUUGGUGUGCACCUGAGCGCGACUGCUGUGUUCACACCUGCCCAAACAAACAGCCCUUAGGGGGCAAACCGACUUGAGUUCAAUUGAAAAGAACCAAACGGGGCAGAUAUGACAGCUGCCUUAAAAACAGCUAGUUUAUGCAGAAUGUCCUGUUUCAUGCAAGGGAGGAUUCUCAGUACCAGGUACUGUCCAGGACCAUGGUUUUUCGGUGUAUCAACUGAAGCCUCUGAAUGGGCGUUUCCCAAGACAGGGCCAGGCUUGCUGGGAGACACACCAUCACUUCUGUCAUGCACUACUGACUGGAGCAUGUCAUCAAGCUGUAAAGCUUACGAGCAUUGACGUCAUGUUAUUUAUGUUUUCACAAAACCAACAUAACAUUAGCUAUCAAACGUUAUCAAUUUAAACCGUCAAACUUUCAAAUUCCAAUUGCCCUUGGAAAUUAAAUGCUAGCAUGCUAACGUUAGCACACAUACCCUUCAGAUGCUACUUUUUCAUGUUAUUUCCUGCACACUCAUUGCUGUGUUCAUCGAGCAUUUUUCAUGUGGAUUCUACUUUAAACCUCACCUUCAACAUUGAGCUUGUAUCUUGUGAUCACACCAAGCCAACAGUCCGUCUUAGGUCAAUGGCGGGCAGUUGAUGAGCAUCUGUUGCCCUAAUUUUGGGGCAUUUCCUGCAUGGCUGGCACUAGCCGGCCCUUGUGACCUGUUUUUUGGUCGAUUCAGCAUGCUGAAUUGGCGUCCUAGAUGGUGGAGCCCGUUGGUGAGAGAAAUCCUUGUGAUUGGCAGUUCAGCUCAGCACAAGAGAAGGGAAACAGGAGUGAGGAAGGCAAACAAACAAGGGCGUGAGAAUAAAAUAAACUUGUUACAUUCGGUCCGAUUCAUUAGGUAAGAUUUCUUCUAGCCACUGAGCUCUUUAGCAGAAAGACUUUGUAAUUGUUUGUAUUAUUGUUCGCUGACUCACAGUAAAUAGAAUUUGUUCUUUCGACAUCAGGUUCAGUUGUUAAUGUGCUAACUGGCUAACUAGCGUCUUGAAUCCAUCCUGUCGGUCUUAUAGCUUCCCCUUUUUCAGUGGUGAGUACAGAUGAUGCUGCCUACUGCGAUGGAGAGUGAUAAAGCUCAGUGUAAGUUCAGUAAGGUAGACUUUAUUUAUGCUAUAUCCACUGACAAUUUUACCUUUAUCCCACUCCUACUGCUUCCACCAAUCAGCUGACUAUGGUGUUCCCUCUCCAGGUUAGCCAGUCAAACUUUGCCACGAUCUCCUUCAGCCAUUCAUGUUGCUGCUGCCAAACUUUAAAUCUCCACUUUGCUCUUGUCAGCUGUCAUUUUAGUCAGGUUGGCUCUGAUAGGCUAGCUGUUGUGUUUUGGUUGGAUCUCCAGCUGCUGCCCUGUCUGUCUGUGUGCAGCCAAUAGGGGCAGUUCAUACUGGGGUUCCUCAUGAUGUCACUCUUCUUCCCCCAAAUCAACAUUUAUGUGUUUUGUGUUUGUAUAGUUGAUUUAUUGUCUGAAUAACACCAGUAGAUAUUUAAAUGUGGAGGUAGCUCUGGCUGGCCCACAUUUGCCCUCUUUCUGUUAAGAUGUGGCUGCUGAUU